AUGGAAAGAGAAGAUGGACCCAUUGGAGUGAAUCUACGAUCCCAAGAGGAUGAAAAACUCCGGCUAUCACUAUGCGUGGGGUGUGGCGGUCAGAUCCACGACCAGUACAUCCUGAGGGUGGCUCCGGACUUGGAGUGGCACGCCGCCUGCCUCAAGUGUCAGGAGUGUAGACAGUUCCUGGACGAGUCCUGUACCUGCUUUGUCAGGGACGGGAAGACGUAUUGCAAACGAGACUACACUAGGUUAUUUGGUACAAAAUGCGACAAAUGCGGCGCUUCCUUUAGUAAAAACGACUUUGUAAUGCGAGCGAAAACGAAAAUCUACCACAUCGACUGCUUUAGAUGCUGCGCCUGCGCUAGACAAUUAAUACCUGGUGACGAGUUCGCGUUGAGAGAAGGAGGCGCCCUGUAUUGUAGAGAAGACCAUGAUGUUUUAGAAAAGAGUGCAAACACAAGCGGCAGCAGUAACAGCAACGCAGAAAGCAACAACAACACCACACUCAGUAACAACAACUCACACCUUCCGCCCGAGCUGGGCUCUAUGAGCGAUUCAGGCAGCGAGUCAGGAUCGCACAAGAGCGGCAGAGCGCGUGCGGGUGGCGCGGCCGACGGGAAGCCCACGCGGGUUAGAACGGUUCUCAAUGAAAAGCAACUACACACACUUCGAACAUGCUACGCAGCCAACCCUAGACCUGACGCACUGAUGAAGGAGCAGCUGGUGGAGAUGACAGGACUCAGUCCGAGGGUGAUCAGGGUGUGGUUCCAGAACAAGAGGUGUAAGGACAAGAAGAAGACCAUCCAGCUCAAGAUGCAGAUGCAACAGGAGAAGCAGGAAGGUCGUCGCCUGGGCUACAUGUCCAUGGGCGUGCCUCUGGUGGCCGGGUCCCCCGUCCGGCACGAGCCGGGCGCCGCUGCGGCCGGAGCCUUGGCGCUCGAGGUGACGGCCUACCAGCCCCCUUGGAAGGCCCUCUCGGACUUCGCCCUUCACGCUGACUUGGACAGGGCUCCUCAUCACAGCGCCGCUUUCCAGCAUCUCGUCAAUCAGAUGCACGGCUACGACAUGCCCUCCCUCCCCCCACCGCGGCCCCCGCACUCUACCGAAGAUAACUACGUCACGUACCUCGAGAGCGACGACAGUUUGCCCCCCUCCCCCUAG